AUGAUUCAAAAUUUGCGUAAUUCAUUUAAUCUUAUACCCUUUUAAGCCACAUUACUUCACACUUACUGUUAACUCCUAGGACUAAUUUUCCAUGGUACAAAUUACUAUAACACAAGACUUGAAUGGCGGCUUUGCUGGAAAACUGUGCAAAAGGGCGUAUGGUUUGAAAUAAGCAACAAACCUGUUACACACGGAACUUCAUACAAGAACAACAAAUCUUAUAAGGAACUGAAGAUACAAAACAUUACAGGAGCGCCCUCAUCAACCCAGUGCACACUUUCAGCAUCUGAGGACAAGACAAACUAUAAAUACAUAAGCGAAUGCACACAAACAAUAAAUAAAGCGAUGUCAACUGUUAGCCGCAAAGUGAGCAGUCCUCAGUGGAAGAAUUUCCAGCCGCCAGCUGUACAAGAUCCGGCCAUUGUAUCGUAUCAGCGUGGACCAAACCUGAUCAACUCUGUGUUGUCUUCGUCACCAACUUCACAGAACAACAACAACCAGGUUGCCAGGGAAACUGGUCUGAUAGAGAAACUCCUGCACUCGUACGGGUUUGUGCAGUGUUGUGAUAGAGAAGCAAGGCUGUUUUUUCACUACAGUGAAUUCCAGGGAGAUGUUGAUACCUUGAAAAUUGGAGAUGCAGUAGAGUUUCAGAUGUCAUAUGAUCGUCGUAGUGGACGUCCAGUAGCAUGUCACAUGGUGAAAGUUGAUCCAAGUCUUGUUUCGUGUGAAGUAUUCAGUCAAGAGCGAUACAUUGGAAGUGUUGUACAGGAAGCCAAACCAGCAAAGCCAAAAAAUGUGAGUGGAUCGACAGUAGGCUCAACUGAUGGCCUAGGCCGUGUAACUUAUGAACACAAUGGGGAAUGGUUUUUCCUGCCUUAUGGAUUGGAUGACAUUGUUGAUAGCACUGGAAGUACGCAGAUAAAGCCCGGCGAUCAAGUGACCUUCUUCAUUGCAACAGAUAAAAGAAAUGGUAACUUGCAUGCACGCAAGUUGGAACUAGUUGAACAAAAGCUAAAGAAGUACCAGGGUGUAGUAUGUUCUAUGAAAGACUCAUUUGGUUUCAUUGAGCGUGCAGACGUUGUGAAGGAGAUCUUCUUUCACUACAGUGAAUACAUGGGCAACAUUAAUGAACUGUUGCUAGGUGAUGAUAUAGAGUUUGAGAUACAGACAAGAAAUGGUAAAGAGGUAGCAGUGAAUAUUAUACCACUGCCUUCAGGAACUGUGAUAUUUGAAGAUAUAUCCAUUGAAACCAAACGAGGAAAGAUUGUGAAAACAUUGAAAUCAAACAAAAGAGCAAGUGAUCCACUAGGUGGUAGGAUCCAGUAUGAAACACCUAAAGGACAUACAGAUAUACCAUAUGGUGACAAGGAUCAGGAUGGGGAGUAUACAUUGUUGCAAGGAGAUAUUGUAGAGUUUAGUGUGGCCACAGAUCGUAGAGACAAACUACAGAGAGCUACCAGAAUUAAAAUGCUCGAUGAAACUUUCGAAAAAACAACAGAGAGAAGAGAAACUGGAACAAUUGUAAGUUUGAAGGAGGGAUAUGGAUUUAUACAGUGUGCAGAGCGUGAUGCUCGCAUGUUCUUCCACUUCAGUGAAAUCCUUGAUCCUAAAUCAGAGCCAAAAUGUCAGGACGAAGUAGAAUUUACUGUUACCCAAGACCCCACAACUCCUAGCCGACAAGUAGCAUGUAGAAUUAGAGGUAUUCCUAAGGGUUCUAUUGGUUCGGUUGUAGUCAAACCAGAGAAAUAUAUUGGUACAAUAGAGAAGGAACCUUGUAACUCCAAAAGCCCAAAUAAGAAUGGUAAGGAAGAUACAGGUAGCAUUAUAUUUGACAUGGACGGUGCUAUACAUAAAAUUCUCUACUAUAUCAAAGAUGUCACUGAUCUCAGGAGUAUACCAAGGUUUGGUGAUAAGGUAGAUUUUAACAUCGGGGAGCAGAGAAGGCCUGGUGGUCCUGUGCGUAUGGCUGUGAAUGUACGUUUGGUGCUACGUAAUCUGACUGGUCGAUGUCAAGGUUUUAUAGCAACGUUAAAGGACAAUUAUGGUUUUAUUGAGAAUGUAGAUCAUGACAAAGAAGUCUUCUUCCACUUUAGUGCAUUUGAGGGCUCUACCAAUGACCUUGAACUUGGGGAUGAGGUAGAGUAUAUGUUAACCAGGAAAAGUGCCAAACUUAGUGCUGAAAACAUCAAGAAACUACCUUCUGGAACUGUCCCAAUAAACGAGGAAUUGGUAGAUGAUAUUGGAAUACUACAGGGAAAGAUUGUAAGACCUAUGAGGAUUGUUAAUCCGGAACAGGAGGAAUAUUGUGGCCUCAUUCAAAUUGGUGCUGACGAUGACCCGGAGAAUCAGACAUACCCAUACAGUAUUACCAGUCUAGCAGACAAACGUGACUUCCUGCAGAAAGGAGAUGCUGUAAAGUUCCGGGUAGCUGAAAACUCAAUCUCUCAUGAGAGAAGAGCUAUACAUGUUGCAGCAGUGAGACAGUUCAUUAGAGCUAAAGUGGAGUCUGUAAAAGAUAAGUAUGGUUUCCUCACAUACGAGGUGGAAGAAGGGAAGAAGUUAUUUUUCCAUAUGACAGAGGUGCACGGAGGUAUUGAGGUCGGACCGGGGGAUGAAGUAGAAUUUGUCGUUGUUCAGAAUCAACGUAAUGGAAAAUACUCUGCCUGUAGUCUGAGGAAAAUAACUGAAAAACGUCGACCAGAAAGAUUGUUGAGCCGGUUGAAGAGCAUGAAUGAGGAGAUGGUUGGUCCACGUGUCGUCGUAACACGCCCACCAAAAGGACCUGAUGGAACAAAAGGAUUUUCACAACCAAGGGUGCCAUGGACGCCAGUAGUUUGAUUAACAGAUAUAACAAAAAAAUCAGAACUUUUCUUCACUGUGAUAACUUAGUCAAACAGGACAGCGAUUGGUUUAUUCAAUGUCAUACAUAAAGCCUUUCACAUUGAGAUCAUAAGGGUUGUUCUAUUUUUAGAUUCAGAUUCAGAUUUUUCUUUUUCACGUUUUUUGGUGGGUUUUUCUUUUUAACUUAUUGGUUACAUAUGCAACCAUUGUAGCAGAAUCAAAAGUUUUUUAAGUUUUUCUGAAUUAAGAUAAAAACAAAUAAUAAUCCUGAGUUGUACAUUGUUGAUAUUGUAUGUACAUGUACGAGGUAGUAGUAAUAUUUAAUUUCAGAUUUUUCUUUUUAUAAUGUUACGUGGUAUGCCAAACUUAUACGAUGCCUUGUAUACAUUUUUCUUCAAAACCAGAAAUAUUUAGUUUUACAGAAACUAUAUUUAUACUUUAAACUUUUUUGUUAAUGCUGUGCAAUUUAUUAUUUAUUUAGUCUACUUUUCUUAAAAUGCAGUUUCCCCCUCCCCCAAUAAAUCCUGAUGGUGUUUUUGUAACCUGAUAUAAAGUAUCUAUGAUUGGCAAAAUCCAGUAUAAAGUUUUUUAUGUGGGCUGUAAUUUGGCUUUUUUGUGCUGUUCUAUGAAUAUCCCUUUUUUAGAAUUACAACAUGUUAUCUAGUCAUAAACAUAUGUCAAGGAAUUUUUUUUUUUUUGUAGCAUAUAGUACUUUUUGUUUUGUAAUUUUCUUAACUAGCAGUUUAACUGUAAACCCGCUGAAUUUGUGUAAUGGCUUGGACUUGCUUUGAAUUUGGAACAGUCCAUUUAAAGUUUGAAGGAUUUCCAUGAUGAAAUAAAACAAGCGCCUUGCCAUAACACAACCAAAUUAUUGCCCAAAGUGAAAAAGAAAUGAGAUACCAACAGUAAAGAGCCUGGUCAGACUGCUACAAUGUGCAGGAUGGCAUGGCUUUAUUCUGGUGGGAAAGCAGGUUACAGGUUAAAGGUGUGAUUCUUUUAAUAAAUGCUGCUUAUAAAUCACCAACUUUUCACACAAUACUUGCCUGACAUUCACAUUUCACGACAAAUAAUGAGUUUAGUCUUCAAUGUAACAUGUGAAAAGAACCCUGUAAUUGCUUUUUCAAAAUUUCUCUUUUGUCAUAUCAAUCUAAAGUACUACUGUUGCAAAAAAAAAAGUCCUGUACUAAGGGCAGCAACUCUACAAAAGUAAAAACUAUCACAUGCUAGUUGAAUUGUGGCUCUUUCUCCGAUUUUAAGUAUAAAUUAUACAUCUUUAGUGGAGACCAGUUUAUGAUAUUAUUUAUGAUGCUACUGGUAGAUUUUUAUUUAUUAAUAUCUGAACUGUUCUUUAAUGAUAGUUCAAAUUUAAAUAUGUGACUUUCUUUCGAGUUCAACAAUAUACAAUAUAUGGGUUAAACUGGAACGGAAUCUCAACUUUAUGUGAUCUCAUCAUGCUGAAAAUUACUUAAACAGGUUUUCUAACUUUGGGUCCAAGGCUAGGUAUUUGAACUUUCUCAUUGGUUGAUUUCAAAUUUGUUUUCUAAUUCAGCCAAUCAGAUGCUAGAGACUUAGACUGGUUGACGUUCUCAAGUUUUGUAAUCUUGAACCCAAUGUUUGUUGAAUAUCGAGUAUUAGAUGUCAUUUUUUGCAUUGAUGUAAAAAAAAAUAUUUCUAAUAUUUUGAACUUUGCUUCAACGCUUUGAAAUUAAGUAUUUUUUCUGUUAUUUGAUUGAAGAGUAUAGCUCUUUGUUACUUACCUCGAAAAGUUGCUUGACUUAAAUGUGCUAAAGAUUUUAAACUUGUUUUACGAAGAAUUUGAAAUGUUUUCAUUUAAAAGCCCAUUAUGCCUCAGAAACGCUAUCAUUUUUGUUUCUCAAAAACUUUUUAUUUUUGGUACCUUAUUACAAUUUCAAAAUAAUAUUAACUUGUCAUAAACAUUAAUUGUCUUUUGCUCUUUUAGAUCUAUUUGCGAUGGGUAUGAUUAUAGAAAUGAUUAUUUUGGAAGUCAAAAUACAACUAUGUUUACAUUUUGUUACCUUUAUUGCACAUUUAACGCUACUUUCCUCAUCUGUUUAACAUUUAACUUGCUCUAAAUCCAUUAUCAUCGUUACAAGUUGCACCCAUGCAUUAUUAAAACAUUGUUAAACUCGUGUUUGACAUAUCUAAAGAAUAAAAAAUAUAUGGAUUUCUGAGGCAUAGAAUGCCUUUAAGCUAGUGCAAUAGUGAGAGAUAAACUUUUGUGACUAUUUUAUGACUUGAUGCAGGUUGUUUACUGUGUGUGAGCUUGUAAAAAAGCUGUGAUGCAAAAAGCAGGAGGUCUGUUUUAUUCAUGUAUAGUCCCUAUAAGCUAUCUACCAAGCACAUAAUAGUGCGAGAACCAAUAAGUUCCCUUAGGUUUUUUUUUUUUUUUUCCUCAUUGGUUGGUAAUCUUUAGCAAGUCUUUCAAGUAUGUUUUCAUCACAUGUUUUACAAAAGUUGAACAAAUCAAGGGGUUUGGUGUUAAACAGUUGUAACUUGUAUGGAAUUAUAUAGGAGAUAUAACAAUUUAACUACAAACCAUUGAAUUAUUAUUCAUGUUUUUUACAUUUUUUUUGUUCAUCAAAAUUAAUCAUCUAAUUUGAAAAAUACAAAAAGUUACAUAAGAAUCCCAUGCAGUUAAGAGCUGAUUGAAAUCUUUAUGUGAUUUUGAUAAAUAAUCAUUACUCAGUUACUGAUAUAUAUUUGUACAAGACUUAGAAACUAUUCUUUCUUGUUAAUUAGAGACAUUAUAAGAAGACAGAUUUGUUUUCACAAAUUUGAAGAAAUCCAUAUUGUCAAAACGUGUAAAACAAACAACAGUCUUGUUAAAAUGGCAUUAAAUCUGGUAAAUUUUAAACCUGUCAACCCUGACUUGUAAGUACGAUCAGUUUUGAUAUUAAAACUAUAUAUCUGAAAAACUGAUUCACAAAUAUGUUGUAUUUAUUGUUAUUAUUACAUAGAAAAAAAUUGUCCUAAAAAAUCUGAAAAAAAUAAUGAAAUAAGUAAAAAAAGUGAAAAAAGUGCUAAAAAAAAAUACAGUAAAAAAAAGUAUUUGAAAAAAUAAAAAAAUAAAAUCGUGGUGUGAUUGCUGAACUAGAAUGUGAGAGUGAAAGAAUAUUUUUUUGUGAGUGAAUGGUGAAUGAUAAAUUCAUUUUACUGAUGAACCUUCAGAUCUGAUUUUUGUUGAAAACUGAUACUAUGCUUGCAUUUUGAUGUAAUUAUAAGUAUUUUCAGUACCAGUACAGGUAAGCAGUCAAAUGAAAAAAUAUGAGCCGUGUCAUGACAAAACCAACAGAGUGGCUUUGCGACCAGCAUGGAUCCAGACCAGCCUGCGCAUCCACGCAGUCUAAUCAGGAUCCAUGCAGUUCGCUAUUAGUUUCACUACUUGUUAUAGACUUUGUAAGUGAACAGCAUGGAUCCUGAUCAGACUGCGCGUAUGCGCAGUCUGGUCUGGAUCCAUGCUGGUCGCAAAAGCACUAUGUUGGUUUUGUCGUGACGCGGCUCAUAUACUUUAUAUAUAUGAAAUUCAGUACUGUUUAUGAUAACAAUGAAAGUGGUACAUCAUGAUAUAUUGUGUUCAAAGUGGGGGAGGACACCUUAUGUUUGGAUAAAAGAUGAGUAUAAAACAAGCAUGAGGUAUGUCUUCGCCCACCUGUUAAUGUUGAAAAAGUCAGCAUAUGACCUUGGCAGUGUCAUUGUGAGGUAAAAUCUAGCUCCAAAAAUUAUUUCAGAGGUUUUGAAAUGUAAAUUACACAGUUUUCACUAAAUGCACGUGAAAGUUAAUUAUAUAUCUGUACUUAAUAAUAAUAAGAAAGAUCUUAAUAUUAUCAUGUAUAAAGCACAUGUUAGAGUAUAUAUAUUAACUGAACUUAAGUUGUAAACAAGUAAACAUGAUAGAUCUAUAUUUAUGUUAACAUAGAAAUAUUGUGCAUUGAAACUUUGCAAGUGAAACACUUUUUCAACAUGCAACAAAAUAAACAAAGGCCAAAACAU